UAAAUUAUUUCAGGACAUCCAAAUGUUAAAGUGUUCAUAACUCAAGGUGGGCUACAGUCAACAGACGAGGCAAUUACGGGCGGGGUACCACUCAUAGCAUUCCCAAUGCUAGGGGAUCAGUGGUAUAACGCAGAAAAAUAUGAAUAUCAUAAAAUUGGUAUACAAUUAGACUUUGAGAAUCUAACUGAAGAUAAACUGAAGGAUGCAAUAACUAAAAUAGUGGAUGAUAAAAGUUAUAAAGACAACGUAGCUCGUCUACGUUCUCUGAUGCAAGAUCAGGCGCAACCUCCAAUAGAGCGGGCCAUGUGGUGGAUAAAUUACGUACUCAGACACGGUGGAGCAAAGCAUCUCAAAUCUCCCUCCUCUAAUUUAUCAUGGACCGAAUAUUAUGAAAUCGAAUUAGUCAUCAUAGUUGUUUUAAGCUUCGUUAUAACAAUUACCUUGUUAUCUAUCUUGAUAAGAUAUUUGUACAACAGUUUCUGUGCGGCUUCAUCUGCAUGA